CUCGCUUCAUUUCUCUUUCGUCUCGUGCUAUACGUUCGGAUUUCAAGUUCACUCUUUUCUCACUCACUUUCUUUACCUGCUUGCUUGAAACCCAAGUCAUCACCGGUCAAACUCGAAGGAAAGAGAAUUUUUUUUUUUAAAUUAAGAUCAGACGGUGGAUAGUUGAGGAAAGAACAAAAUGAGCUGCAACGGUUGCCGAGUGCUCCGAAAGGGGUGCAGCGAGACAUGCGUGUUACGGUCGAGCUUACGCUGGAUCGAAUCCCCCGAAGCCCAAGGCAACGCCACCUUAUUUCUCGCCAAGUUUUUUGGCCGUAGCGACCUCCUCUCUCUUAUUUCCUCCGUCCCCGAAACCCAACGCCCCGCUUUGUUUCAGUCGUUGUUGUUUGAGGCCUGUGGUCGUACCGUGAAUCCGGUGAACGGAGCGGUGGGGCUGUUAUCAAGUGGGAACUGGCACCUCUGCCAAGCGGCGGCGGACACGGUGCUUCAAGGCGGAGCUUUAAGGCCGAUCCCGGGGAUUUUGGCUGGAGUUCGGACGCCGAGUUGCGACGAGUCAUCCGAUCGUUUCUGCUUCAACUCAUGCGAUUUCCAAAGCCGGUACGCUCAGUCGAAGCCUUUGAUGACGAUGGUGAUGAUGGAGAAUCAAUCGGCUUCAGCAGCUUCGGAUCUAAGCCUCUCUUUGACGACUAAGUUAGGUGGAGGAAGACGUGGAAGCGGAAGGCGAUACGAAGAAGAAAGGAAGAGACCGAGAGCGGCGGCGGCGGCGUCGUUGUACUCGGAGGAAUCGGAGAUAACCACUUUUAAAAGCAAGGAAAAUGAAGGAAGCCAAGAGAGAAAGAUUUUGAAUCUCUUUGUUUGACAAAAACAAGGACUUUUUGUUUUGCUUUUUUCGGGAAAACGGUCUUUUUUGAUAAGCCGGCGAUGUAGUGAAUAAUGAAGAGACAAUAAUAAUAAUUGUAGAAA